AAUCUUAAAAUACUAACAAAAAUGUCAAAUCGUUUUCUUCCACGAUUCAAUUUAAUUUCCUAAGGAAUUUGUAGAAUAAUUAAAUUUAUUUAUGAAAAUAAAAUUUAGCAAAAUUAAUUUCAAGUACCAUGGCAGGUCAACAAUUUCAAUACGAUGAAAAUGGUGGGACUUUUUAUUAUUUUCUUUUGUCAUUCUUAGCAUUAAUUCUAAUACCCACGACAUUUUACUUAUGGCCAAGGAAAAAAAAAGAAGAUCCAGAAAAAUUAAAAGAAGAAUGCCAAUGUGAUGGAUGCAUACAAAAAAAGCUAAUUAUAGCUUCUUCAGAACCAUAUAAGACAUUGAAAACAUUCCUUAUUAGAUUAUGUAUUUUAGCAGGUUGGGCAUUUCUAAUAUUUUUAGCAUAUCGGGUAUCCCAAUUUGAUUACGAAACGGUCAACUUUGAUCCGUAUGAGAUUUUGGGCAUUCCAGCAGAUUCUUCGCAAGCUGAAAUAAAAAAGUCUUAUCGUAAGUUAUCGUUAGUUUGGCACCCUGAUAAAGAAACCGGGGAUGAAAAAACUUUUAUGAAAAUAAUUAGAGCUUAUAAGGCUCUAACAGAUGAGGAAGCUAAAAAAAAUUGGGAACAAUAUGGAAAUAUAGAUGGACCAGGAGCUAUGUCAUUUGGCAUUGCGUUGCCUUCUUGGAUAGUUGAAAAAGAAAACUCAAUUUGGGUUUUGGGAUUGUAUGCACUUGUAUUUAUGAUUGCAUUACCGAUAGCAGUUGGAUCUUGGUGGUAUCAAUCUAUACGUUAUUCUGGUGAUAAAGUUUUGUUAGAUACAGCACAAAUGUAUUUCUAUUUCUUCCAUAAAACUCCACAUAUGCUACUAAAACGUGUCAUAAUGAUUUUGGCAGCAAGUUUAGAAUUUGAUAAGCGCCACAAUUCACAAGUUGUUGAAAGGCAAUCAGAUAAUGAUGAAGUUCCUGUUUUAAUAAGGCAGUUGCCAAAUCUUAAUGAAAAGUGCAAGGAGCCCCCUCUUUGUAGAAUGUACUCUAUUAAAGCCAGGGCUAUUAUACAUGCUCAUCUUAGUCGUUUAAUUUUAAACCCAGAUACAUUAGAAAAAGAUAGACAAUUUAUUGUACGAAAAUGCCCGUAUUUAAUUCAGGAAAUGGUUUCUUGUGUACAUCAACUUGUUAUGCUAGCAUAUGCUAGAAGAGUGCAAAGGGUUCCAAAUAUUGAAACAAUCGAAAGUUGUAUGAAACUUUCUCCUAUGAUAAUACAAGGGUUAUGGGAUAAUAAAAGCCCGUUGCUUCAAUUGCCUCACAUAACAGAGGAGCAUGUGCAUAAUAUAUUAAAGAAAAAGCAUAUAAAAAAUCUGCAGCAGUUUGCACAAUUAAAAGCAGAAGAAAGUAGACAUUUAUUAAAAGAUUUAACCCCAGAAAAGUAUAAUGAUGUAAUGAAGGUUUUGGGGAAAAUGCCCUUAAUAGACUUUUCAAUACGUUGUGAAGUUAUCGAUGACGAAAAUACGAAUAUAGUUACAGCUGGAGCAAUUGUGACAAUCACUGUAACUUUAGUACGUAGAAAUAUGAAGGAACUGUUUGGAGAUAGUAGUAUUGCUGAAAAAGAAAGUAUUAAAGAUGAUGAGACUGCUCAGGACAACGAGGAAAAUGAAGAUUCGCAACAGCAACAAACAGUUAAAAAGCCCAGUCAAUGGUCAAAAAUUGGAAAGCGGGGACAUAAGGGCAAAGGAAAAAAAUUCAGUGGUCAAACGAAGAGCAAACAAAUAAAAAAUAUACAGGGAUCUACGAACACGGUAAAUAUUUCCAGUGAUACCAAAUAUAAAGGUGGAGGAGGUAGUGGUGAUACUCCAUCAGAACAAUCAAAGCAUGAUUCAGAUAGUGAUUCAGCUGAUGAAAGUAAUGUAGAGCGGGAGUCGGGUUCAGCUAGUGAUGAUGAUGAAAAAAAGAAUUCUUCUAUCGAUAAUGAAGAUGACGAUGAUGAAUGGGAGAGAUUACAAUCAAAAUUAAAUAAAAGAGAGAAAUUGGAAGGAAAAUCCAGAGUAUCUCACGCGGUGCACUGUCCAUAUUUCCCUGAAGAUAAACAGGAAUACUGGUGGACAUAUAUUUGUGACCGAAAAUCAAGAACUCUGCUUACAGCCCCAUAUCAUGUGACAAAUCUAGUAGAUCGUGAAGAAGUUCAAUUAAAAUUGACAGCACCGAGAUGGCCAGGAUUAUUUACGUUUACAGUUUGCUUAAGAUCAGAUUCUUAUUUAGGAAUGGAUCAACAACAAGAAUUAAAAUUAGAUGUUCAAAAAGCACCAGCUCCACCAACAGAUCAUCCACAAUGGGACAUUAGUGAUACUGAAUCUGAACAUCAUGAUGAACAAGACAAUGAAAGUGAAUAUACCACUGAUACUUCAGACGAAGAGGCAUAAAAUUGUGGCAAACAAGUCGGAAAUAAACAUAAUGUAUAGUUAAACAAAGAGUAACAAUAUGGCAAACCUUUUAUAAAUAAACUUGAAACAUUAUUGAAAUCUUUGAAAAAGUUACGAUCCCACGAAAAUUUUAGAUAACAAAAAAACAAAAUAUUUUUUAAAAGCUAUUAAUUUAAUUAUUAACUUUAAAUAAGCCUAGAAAUAAAAAUUUAUAUUACUGAA